GCCUCGAAUCACCAAUGCCACCAAAACCGAGAGGCAACCGUCCCAAUCGAGGCGCGCGCGGGGGUUCCCGAGGAGGAGCUACUGUUGCAGGAAUAGCUACGGACAACGCCAGCGAAGCUAGCGAAACCACAACCCCGCAAACCUUCGAUGCGCCUGCUACAAGUGAAUCUACAGAGGCUACGCUUCCCAAGAAAGAGAGUGACGCCGACGCAAAACCACCUACAUCUGCAGAGGAUGGCCCCACGCUCAACGAUACAUUCUCAGCCGCUGUAACACCACAAGAUGGCGCCGAAGCCUCAACUCGUGCCCCCGUGCAGCGCUUGGGAGGCCUUAAGAGUGCAGAGCCAUCUUCAAGGUCUGCAUCGCCCUCCGUCAAGCGCGGCACCAUCACUACCAGGGGCAAGAAAGCAGCGCCCAAACCUAUGUUUACUGGUCGACGAAGCAAAGAAGAGCGAGCUGCGCUUGAGAAGGAACAGCUAGAGCGCGAGAAGAUCAGAAACAGGGACCAGGAAAAGGAGGCUCAGUACCAGGCUAGGAGAAAGGAGAGGGAAGCUGCAAAGGAAGCCAGCAGGGCCACAAGAGGUCGUGGUGGCUACAGCGGUGCUAUGAGCGGACCAUUUUCGCUCGGUAGCUCGAAAGAAGAUCGGAAAGCCAAUGCUAGGAGCUUCUCAGGAUUCGGUUCUGGAUCAGGGUCACGAGCCGUGCGCGUCAAGAACGAGGGCGACGAAAGCGGUCCGAGCGGGUCAGGCGGCUAUGAUGGGGGCCGUGGUGGUGGUGGGGGAGGAGGAAGCGGCUCGUCGAUCAAGAGAGAAGAUGGCGGCGUUGUUGAAUCUUCUGAAGACGAAGAGGAUCAAGAGUUUCCUCGGAGAGAUAUCGACCUCAUCGAGGUCUCUGAUGACGAAGAUGGCGCGGAUGUCAAUGAACGCCCCUCGAGAUCCGCACUUCCUAUCCGAAUCACACGAAAAGAACACCAAGAAAAGACCUUAGCGCUGAACACAGAGGCUAGUGCCGAGACAGCACCAAAGGACACAGUAGAGCCUGUUGGGACAGGUAGUCGUAAGUCCGCUGGAGAGCGGCCCGGGCAGUCAUCACGAAAGGGCAAGGGCAAAGCGAGCGACGUGGAGAUUACAAGCGUGCGCAAGCCAUUUAAGGGUGUAUGGCAGGAUACCGACGACUCAGAUGUGCAAGUCAAAGCGGAGCACAAUAGCGACGACGAGCAGAUGCCAGAUGCAGAGCAGGUCGGCAUGAACGCUGACCAGAUGGAAUCACCACAGAAAGAAGAGCCACAGUCACCGACUGUCGAACGAAAAGCCAAGGGCCGCGCAAAAAGCAUAGCAGAACCCGUUCUACAGACAGACGAAGACCGUGCAGAGUGGUCACGCUUCCUCGAAAAUCGCAAACACAUCCGCGCCGAACUCGGUCCGGAGGAUUCGCCCGCAGUGGACACGGCAGGAGACACAGCAAUGGCAGACGGCGCAGCCGCUGCACCAAAGCCCACUGUGCGAGACAACAAUGUGUAUCUCUUCCAGAUUCCGCCGCUCAUGCCAGAGCUUCUUGAGCCGGGCAUCAAGAAAGAGACUCCAGACGCUGCUGAAGCCUCAGCAUCUGCGCCCACUGUCAAGAAGGAGGCCGUCAAAAUCAAAUCCGAGGAAGGCUUUUCUGACCCAGCCGCAAAACCAGCACAAGGCCCACGCUUCGCGAGUGGGAUGGUUGGCAAGCUACGGGUACGACAGUCAGGGCGCACAACACUGGACUGGGGAGGCACAAGCUACGAGCUUGCACCUGGGAACAAAGCAAGCUUUCUGCAAGAAGUAGUCAGCAUCCACGUUGUGCCCGAAAAGGAUCGCGUGGUGCCUGAAGACGCGGGCGAGGCAAUCUCAUUUGGACGCGUCAAGGGCAAGUUUGUCGUCAUGCCUGACUGGGGAGAGAUGCUUGGGUAAAGAUAGGGGGAUGCAGGGUACUCAGUGGCAUGUACAGGCGUUUGACCGCAUUUUCUGGCGCUAAAGUCUUCACGCAGGGCAGGAGGCAGUCACGGGGUGAGGCAGCGAUUGACACCGGCCAUUCCAGCCAUCUUGCAUCAACAGCACAUUUCGAUAAACAUCGGCGUUUCUCCGUGAACGAGAUUACGACGUCUAUCAAUAAGCAGC